AUGGCUACAAUAUACUACAUCUGGAAUCAAGAAAACAUGCUAUGGAGGCAUUGGAGCGAAGGCAAUUUCACUUUCGUGGGUUACACUACAUCACAAGAUGUGGAAUUAGUGGUCCAACAUAUUUUCGGCUCACCCAGCCCAUGCAUGAGAUUUGUUGCAACUGAUGUCAAGAAAUCUAGUAGGAGAGGAAGCUCAGUUGACACGUUUUUGCAUGAUCUCUCCAAAAUGGUGACUCAGCUCCGAAGUACUUGCAGGGAUCAAGAAGAAUUUCUUGAUCUUCUUGAUUUGGGUUGUGAAAAGCCAUCUGAAAUUGCGGAUGCAACGUAUAAUAGAUGUCUGGUCUCAAAAUCUGGUUGUGAAAAGCCAUCUGAAAUUGUGGAUGCAUUUGUGCCCAAAAGGGUUCUGUCUUCAUAUUCCAAGUUGACUGCUGGAAAUUACAAAAACAAACUGGUUAUUAAGGAUGGGGAAAAGGAGGAAAUUGACCAGCUCAAAGCAGAGCUUAAUCAUGCUAAAUAUGAAUUGAGUCAACUGAGAUCUGCUUUAGAUGCUUCUGAGACCAGGUACCAGGAAGAAUAUAUUCAGAGCACAUUACAGAUUAGAAGUGCAUACGAACAAGUUGAACGUCUAAAAUCAGAAUCAUGCCAGAGAGAUGCUGAAUUGGAGACAGAAUUGAAGAAUGCCAAAGCUCAUAUCGAAGAGUUGAGAGGAAAUUUGAUGGACAAGGAAACAGAACUGCAAAAUAUAUCAGAGGAAAAUGAGGGACUGAAUUUGAAGAUCAGGAAAAAUGAACCUAAGGAAAGAGAUUCUGAACUUGAAAUGGAGUUGAAGAAGUUAGAGACAGAUUUAGCUGAGUUGAAGGCAAGUAUGUUGGAUAAGGAGACAGAGUUACAGAGUAUAACCGAGCAAAAUGAAAUGCUCAAGUUGGAGAUUGAGAAGAGAGAAAUAGAUAGAAACAAAGUCAAUGAUGAAGCUAUUACUUUAGCCAAAGCAGCUAGGGCUGCGGAGCGAGAAGCUUUGAUGAAAGUGGGCUAUUUAACGGAGGAAGCCGAUAAAAGCAGCAGAAGAGCAGCACGUGUGACUGAGCAACUUGACGCAGCACAGGUGGCAAAUACAGAACUGGAGGCUGAAAUGAGGAGAUUAAAAGUGCAGUCAGACCAGUGGAGGAAGGCAGCUGAGGCAGCCACAGCUAUGCUUUCAACCGGUAACAAUGGGAAAUAUGUAGAAAGCAACUUUAAACCCAUGAAUGGGACUACGGGAUCUCCUUACUCAGAAGACAUGGAUGAUGACUCUCCCAAGAAGAAAAAUGCAAACAUGCUGAAGAAGAUUGGGGUACUAUGGAAGAAAGGCCAGAAGUAGAAGGUAUUUUGGAAGGUUUCAAAGUAGAUGCCAAUAAAUUUAAAAAAGACUUGAAGCUUUUUUGCAAAUUCUGUAUAGACGUGUAAAACUGGUGAACUUUUCAAUCUGAAUUACGUUUCACCUGAUGUAUUAUGUGGGGCUUUGGACACAGACACAAGUGUUGUAUCUCUUAGAAGUUUUUCAGUUUAUGGUAAUGAAGCAGUUCAUUUUUGAGC